AUUUAUAAUCCGAAAUUACUAGGCAAUGCAGUCGAUGCUAUCCGGGAGGUAUUUAUAAUAAAUAAAUUUAAAUUGUGAUUGAAAUCAAUCGAAAUGGGAAAGCUUCUGAGUCUGUUGGCCCGGGACGAUUCAAACUGUUGUUCUUCGCCGCGAUACGACAUAUUCUUAGAUUUUGAGAAUGCUGCUCCCACGGACACGGAACGCGAUGUUUAUGAGGAGGUACAGAGAGUUCUUUUGGAUUCAGACAAAAUUUUAGAAGAAAUACAGUGUUAUAAAGGAGCUGGUAAGGAAAUACGAGAAGCGAUUGCUGAUCCCUCGACCAUUACCCAAGAAAGGGCUUGGCGCGCUGUAAAGCCUCUAGUGGACAAACUGCUCAGAUUUUAUAAUCAUUCGUUAGAAUUGAAGCGGGUAGUACCUCGCCUUCUGGGCUCAUUAGUGGGAGGAUCGAUGAGUCCCACACAACAUCUGGAACAGCAACAGGCUUUAGUUAAACAAUUCGCAGAGAUAUUAGAAUUUGUGCUGAAAUUCGACGAACACAAAAUGAAGACGCCUGCCAUUCAAAACGACUUCAGCUAUUACAGAAGAAUCGUAUCCCGCAGUGGUCUCAUAAACGCGGAAUUACCGCCCGGCGAGGAACCUCACAUAGGCGCUGAGGUCGCAAACCGGAUGUCGCUAUUCUAUGCACAAGCGACGCCCAUGUUGAAAGUACUAUCUGAAGCUACGAGCCAGUUCGUCAACGACAAUCAACAAGACUUAGAAAAUACUACAGAAACCCUUAGCACUAUGGCAAAAGUCUGUCUGAGAAUGUUAGAAAAUCCAAAACUUGUUGCCCAAUUCAGUCGUGAAGAGACAUCGCUAUUGGUCCUUCGAGUCAUGGUAGGGUUAAUCAUACUUUACGACUGGGUGCACCCAUCGGGGGCAUUUUGCCGUUCGUCAUCAGUAGACGUCAAGGGUUGCGUGAAGUUCCUUCAACAGCAACCCCCUCCCAAAGCGGAGCCUCUUUUAAACGCCCUGAGAUACACAACCAAGCAUCUAAACAGUCAGUCGACGCCUAAGAACAUACGGGCCCUUCUGGCUGCGUGAGGACACCACUCAAGCCUUGCAUGUUGCUGUGGGGAAUGAUGUGACAAUAAAAACGUGGGGAUUUCUCAUCGGCAUUUAUUUUGCUUGUUUAUUAUCGUGUUGGUUGUAGCGUGGUCUUGGAAAAGAAAUAAACUAUCUAAAGGAUUGUUUUGUAA